AUGCCGGGUAGAUCAACAUCUCAAGAACGACCAAAAAUCGACAUAAUUAAGAGGAAUAUUGAAAAUGUGAAAGGAAAUUCACAAAAAUUCAAAAAGAAUGCAGGAUCUUCACAAUGUUCAGUUGGAUAUGCAAAAAUACACAAGGAUGAGAAGACAAGUAGAAGAUCGCAAUCACAAAAAAGAACUGAGCUAAAGACAGUUCUUGAAGUUCAAGAAACUAAAAACAAUAAUCCCCUAAUGCUUGAAGAAAAGGACAACAAAGAAAAUAUUGAAAUAAAUAAUGAAAAAGAAAUAGUAAAGGCUCAGGAUGAGACUAAGGAAAACUGUGUGGAAGUAAAAGAAAAGCCAGCUGAAGAAUCCUUAAAAGAAAUUGAAGCUCCUUUAUCAAUUUUAUCACCAACUCCUCUGCCAAUUCAUAAAUCAAGCUCACAAAUGAUGAUGUCCGAAAGAAAAAGAUUAAGCAUGACUGCGCCAAGAGUAUCAAUUGGAUUUACUCCAAACGAGCAAGAAGAAUUAAAUUUGAAAAGAACAAGAAUGUCAGAAACAGGAGACCUUGAAGUGAAUGACACUGAGCACUCUGCAAAGAAGUUAAAAAUUGAUAAUAAACAAUGCUAA